AUGCUCGUGCGAGUACACGUUGCAACGCGCUGCGCCGCGCAUGCUCGUUUUCCGGAAGCCACUCCCCAUUUCCUCUUCCCUCCGUCCAUCCCCAUUUCCUCUUUUCCCAGUGACUCCACAUUUCCCCUUCCCUCCACAUUUCUGCAUCCCUCUGACACCCCCCAUAUCCCCAUCCCCCUGUCCUUCCCAAUCACCGCUGUGUUUCCCCUUCCCUUAAUCCCGCCCCAUUUCCCCGUUUCUCAUUCACUCCCCAAUUCCCAAUCCCUCUUACCCUCCCCCAUUCACUUCCGUGCGUCACUCCCCAUUUCCCCAUGCUUCCGUCCCUCCCCGUUUCCCUUUUCCAAGACACCCCUCAAAUCUCUUUCCUCCGUCCCUCCCCAUAUUGCCCUCCCUCCGUCCCUCCCCAUUUUCCCUUCCUACCUUCCUCACCCUUGUGCACCAUACACACCGCUGUCCCUCCCCAUUUUGCCUUCCCUCUGUCCAUCCCCACUUCCCCUUCCCUCUGUCACUCCCAUUUCCCCUCCCCUAUAUCCCUCCACGUUACCCCUUCUCUCUGUCACUCCCUGUUUCCCUUCCCAUACACUCCAUGUUACCCCUUCCCUCUGUCCCUCCCCUCUUCCCCUCCCUCUGUCCUUCCCCAAUUCCCCUUCCCUCUGUCCCUCCCAUUUCCCCGUCCCUCUGCCUCUCCCCAUUUCCCCGUCCCUCUGUCCCUGCCCAUUUCCUCUUCCCUCUGUCCCUUCCAUUUCCCCUUCCUUCCGUCAAUCCCAUUUCUCCGCCCCUCUGUCCCUCCACAUUUCCCCUCUCAUCUGUCCCUCCCAUUGCCACUUCCCUCUGUCACUCCCAUUACCCCUUCCCUCUGUCCCUCCCCAUUUCCCAUCCCCCCUUUCCCUCGACCCGCCACUUCCCUCUGUCCGUCCCAAUCUGUCCUUCCUCCUUUCCCCUUCCCCUUGUCCCUCCCCAUAUCCCUUCUCUCUGUCACUCCCCAUUUCCCUCUCCUUUCACUCCACGUUACCCCUUCCCUCUGUCCCUCGCCAUUUCCCAUUCCCUCUGCCCCUCGCCAUUUCCCCUUCCCUCUGUCCCUCCCCAUGCCCCUUUCCACUAUCUCUCCCAUUUCCCCUUCCCUCUCCUCCCACUUUCCCCUUCCCUCUGUCCCUCUUAUUGCCCCUUCCCACUGCCCUCCCAAUUCCCCCUUCUCUGUCCCUCCCCAUUUUCCCUCCCUCUGUUCUGAACCCAAUUCCCCUUCCCUCUGGCCUUCCUCAUUUCCCCUUCGCUCUGUCCUUCCUCAUUUCCCCUCCCCUCUGUCCCUCCCCUCCUGCCUUCUCUCUGUCACUCCUCAUUUCCCUUUCCACAACACUCCAUCCAUCCCUUCCCUCUGUCCCUCCCCAUUUCCCCUACCCUAAGUCCCUCCCCAAUUUCCCUUCCCUCCCAGGCAUCCCCAUGCCCUUCCCACUAUCCCUCUCAUUUACCCUUCCCUCUCCUUCCACAAUUCCCCUUCCCUCUGUCCCUCGCAUUGCCCCUUCCCAUUGUCCUUCCCAAUUCCCCUUUCCUCAAUCCCUCCCCAUUUCCCCCUCCCUCUUUCCUACCACGAUUCCCCUUCCCUCUGUCCCUCCCAUUGCCACUUCCCUCUGUCCCUCCCAAUUCUCUUCCCCUCCCCAUUUUGCCUUCCCACCGUCCCUCCCCAUUUUGCCUUCCCACCGUCCCUCCCCAUUUUGCCUUCCCUCUGUCCCUCCCCAAUUUGCCAAACCCUUUGUCCCUUCCCAAUUUGCUUUCCCUCUGUCCCCAUUUCCAUCCUCUCACGCACAUAUCACGACAUCGGCACAAGCCACUAGCCCUGCAGAUGACCCCUUCACACCCUUGCUUGCUCCUUCCACGGAUAUUCCCGCUCUGUCCCCUUACGCCAUGGGAGGCAUCACGUCCCCCUCCAUCCAGUCUCUCCACAUUUCCCCUUCCCUCUGUCCCUCCCACUGCACUGCCCUCUGUCCCUCCCGCUCCCCAUUUUCCCAUCCCAGCGAAGCUCCCUAUUCCCCCAUCCCUCUGUCCCUCCCAAUUGCCUAA